GCAGAGGAAUCCAUAGCGUUGGAAGUGAAAGACAUAAUGAAAGACGUCAAGAUGAAACUUCAAAAGGAAAAGAAGACAAAGCUCAAUGAUUUCCUAAAAGAGCACAGCUCCAAAGAAACCUUUUGUCCGAGAAGGAGAACAGGGACAGCGAGGGCCUCCUCCACUGACCAGGAGUGGGCAGUUGGAGCAUGCCCGAGACUGGGAAAUACUGGUGGAUUUAGACCAGCAGCUAAAAGUCCCAUCACACAUUGUCACCACCACAAGGAAAAGGCUUCGGUAUUCAGAAGUGGCUUCUAUGGCAGAGCAACGACGCUGGAAGCAAUAGUUCGCCCUGUGGAGGUUGGCUUCAGGGGUCGUAAUGCAACAUCCACCAUCACGUUGCUCAAAGAUUGGGAAUCCACGAACAAGCCCUGCACCAGACCAUAACAGAAACUGCAGAAAGCUGCAGCCAAUGUCUCUGGACCAGUAGGAACGAUCUUAACUGGGCCGCAAGAUGUUAGGAACAUACAACCCGGUCUGAUUAACCUGUGGUGGGCUGCCUUAGAAGAAGGGCUCUUGUGAUUUUAACGCCAAAACAACUUUUGAUGCUAGGUACACUACUGACGAUCUGUCCCUGACAACUGUUGGUGGUCACCAACAUCUGCUAACAACUUCUGGCAGUUGGUAUCUUAACUUGUGCAGAAGACCUUCAAACAUACAAGGGAUACUCACAAUCCUGUCCUAUGUUCCUAUCUGUCAUUUUCAUUUGGUCCUGAGUAAAACUAAUGAGCACGUAUUGAGUCAUGUUUGUUUUGACAAAAACAUGAUGGCAAUCCACCAAGGUACAAGUGCAUGAGGCCUUUUAAAGGAAUGUGAGAUGGUAGUCUGACCGGUUGAUGUUCCAAACAAAACACGUCCAUGAUUUAUUCAGACACUUAGUGCUAAGUACUACUUUUUUUAAUGAUAUGCUUGGUGCUGCAAUACAUUUUGUGAUGUUACCAAAACUGGAUUCCCUCUGGAACUCUCUCCCUUUCCAUCAUCCGAUCAUCCCCUGAAACUUGUAAUAGUAAUCUGAAAACACGUUUUUAUUCAAUAGCCUUUCAAUGUGCCUUAAUGGUUGUGCAUUAUUAUUGUUACUGGUGUAGGAAGUGAUUAUUAUUAUGGCAAUAUUUUGUUCGUGUUUUUAAUUUCACUGUUGUUUUUGUGUUGUUAAGUACUUUGGAUCAAUAAUGUUAUGUUUCAAGUGCCAUUUGAAUAAGAUAAGAGUCUAUUCUAAUAAAGCCGAUGAUCCCAUAUUUAAACUUAUGUACAACAGGAAUAAAAUCUCUGAUCUGGAGACAAGAAAGAGGAUGCUGGUCGGUGUCUUUGGAAGAACUGGGGCUGGAAAGAGCUCUUUGAUAAAUGCCAUCGUUGGAGAGAAGAAUCUUCUGCCCUCUGGAAGCGUCUGUGCAUGCACCUCAGUCAUAUUCAAAGUGGAGGCAAACAACGACAGCAAAAAGUAUGAGGCAGAAAUUGAGUUCAUUAAAAAAGAGGACUGGAAAGAGGAGUUGUGGUUUUACAAGAAUCUCCUGGAGGAUGAUGAUGAUGAUGCUCAUGAAAAGCUGACAGCACUCUACAGAGAAGAUUGGAAAUCAAAAUCUGUUGAAGAACUCAUGGACAAGAAAUAUUUCAGAGGAAUUCCUGAAUUCCUCACUGGGAACAAGAAAACAUUGAAAUGUGAAUCUGCUGGAGAGCUAAGUAACAAAAUUGUCAAAUAUGUAAGUGCCUCAAACGAGGAAGACGAUGGAGUGAGACAGUACUGGCCCUUAGUGGAAUGCAUGACUGUCAGGUUGCCUAACAAGGAUCUUCUCCAGCAUGUCACACUUGUGGACAUUCCAGGAAAUGGAGACCGUAACAAGACCAGAAACAACAUGUGGAAAAAGAUGGUUGGAAGUUGUUCUACUGUGUGGAUUUUGGCUGAGACUAAUCGAGCAGUAGCAGAGAAAGAAGCUUGGGAGAUCCUGCAAAAUGCCAAUAGCCUGAUGGGAAAUGGUGGCGAGUGUCAGCGCAUUGACUUCAUCUGCACCAAGUCUGAUGAUGUUGGUGUGCACUCAGAAGCUGAUGUUCGGGAUUUUGUGCUCAAAAGAAACCAAUUAGCCAAGCGCAAGGUGAAGGCAGAAUUCCAAAAAGAAUACCCACAAUACAGCAAACAAUUCUCAUUUGAAGUGUUCACUGUGAGUGGAAAGGAGUUUCAUAAUAGCGUACAUCUACAGCCAGAUGACACUGAAAUUCCGAAACUUCGGGAUGUUCUGCAAAGUCUGAAUAACAAUCACUCAGAGUCAUUAAACUAUGUGUCUGGAGCUCGUGGGAUUCUCUCUCUGAUUCAAGGGACAAGAUGCAGGGAAGUGGCUGACAGUAAAAUGAAGGCUUGCAGAGACCUUCAAGAAAAGAUGCAGCAUGAACUGGAAGUCCUCCAAAAAGCAAUCAAAGAGAUUUACAGGACUUUUGAACAAUGCCUCACUGAGGGGGUUAAAGAAUCACAAGAUUCAUGUGAAGGACAGAUGCACUCCAUGUUACAUCCUCGAGGAGAAAAAGGUGGUGCCUCCCACAAGAGAUUGCUGUUUGCUGUUAUGAACAAUGGCGUCUUCAACGCAAAGAAAGGAAAGAAAAAGAACAUCAACAUGACCUUAAGUUCAAAACUGACUGGCUGCAUUGAUGAGGAAUUCAGGAUGACCUUCCCAAAUGAAGAUAAAAGUGGACCAUUCAAGGGCGCCAUUGAUUCCUUUUCACUGGACACAGAGGGGAAGAUUAACACCUACAAAGAUGUUCGUCUGCAACUGCGUUUUCUCAAGACAGAGGAGGACAAACUCAAGACAAAACUCAAAAAAAUCAUCCGGGAGGAUAAGAAAACAAUCUACAGCAGUCUGACAGACACAAUCGAGGAAAACAUGCAGAAAUGCUACUCAGACGCAGCAGUGAUUAAAGGAGUCGGCUCCCUGGAAAAAAUGAGGACCACCAUUAAUGAUCAUGUAAAUGAUAAAAAGGACACCAUGUUCAAGAUGGCGAAAGACAACAUGCUGGAGCUACUAAAUGAGUUGAGGGGGAAAAUCUUGAAAAAGCUGAAUGAAACGCUGAUGGAAUCAAUCCAGCUGUCACUCGGGACCGAUGACUGCUCAUUCCCAGAUGUUUCAGGAGAGCUUGACAGGGUGGAGACAUUCUACAGUCUACUGGAAGCCAACCCAAAUCCAAACUGAGCUUUCAAACAGAUGUUCCUUACUGUCAAUAACGUUUUCAUCAUGGAAUGAUCAUAGUCCAAAGGAAGGUGGCUGACAUGCAGAGGUCCACAGUCUCGCUCAAACCAGGAACAUUGUGGUGAAAAUGCUACAGAUCUUUGCCACUCGGCCCAAAUGGCUUUGUCUUUUCAAUGAUAAAACGUUUUCAUAUUUUUCUGUCAAUGAUUUUAUUUAGUUUCUUUUGUAUUGCUUGAUUGGCUCAUGAGUGCUCCUGGUUUUAAGGAUGUUUAACGUAAAUUUAGAUCUUGAAUACCAGUUUUAAUUAUAGGCUGGAUUAGACAUAAACUCUUAGCUUUUCGAGUAAUGAUCUCAGAUGACUUUGUUUUAUUCUACUUCUUAACAGUUUUCUUACUAAAUAUAUUGCAUAAAUGAUUAUUGGUGUGUUCUGGAAAGCAGAAAGGGAAUUAUGAAAAAUGUCAGUGUGGAAUGUGGAUUAAAUCAAACUAUACUCUC